UUCAUUUUAUAUUAGAAUUGAUUUAUUUCGUAUAUUAUCUAUAAAUUGUAGUUUAUUUUUUGUUACACACACACUGUGAUUUCAGCAACUAAGGAUUGAUUUGGGAUUAAAAUCCUUCACAAAAUUCAUAGAGAGAAAAUUCUAACAGAGCUCUGGAGACUUGUUAAGAUUACAAAUAUAGUAUGAUAUUUAUUUUUUGGCUAAAGAAUAUAAGUACUUUCUCAAGUAUUUGAAAAGGAGAAGAUCACGUACAACUAAAUUUAAAGGUUAGUUAAAAGUUAUGGAGAGGACUUUCAUUUUUCAUUUGAAAAAUAAUGCAUUGGAAUUACAUGAUAACUACGCGUUUGUGAGUCAUAUUAUGAAUCUCUCAUUUAUAAAGACUAGCUUUUUACCUGUUAUUUGGAUUCAUAAAGUCACUCAAAAAACAAAGAGGUGUCAGUUUAUCUACUUACUUUUAGUCGCGAGAAUUUAAAAUAAAUAUAGUUAUCUAUCCUAUACUUCUCCCACUACCCUCGUCUUUUUUCCAUAAGUAUCUCUUUAUUUAUUUGUUUUUUUUUUUUACUUAUUACUAUAAUAACUCUUAUAUUUAUUUAUUUAAAGAGCUUCCCUUCAUAGUAGUAGAGAUAAGACUUAUCUCAAUAAUUUCUCCAAAAAAAACUUAUUUUAACAAGUGUGAAUCGAACGUGUCAUUUGACAUUACUGCCCACCUCAGACUCACACAUGCCUUUGGUUUCUCACCUCCUUAAGGAUAGUCUUUCCUUUCAAUUUUAUGUUUCUCCAGGGACCAGAGGUGCAAACCAGAAUCCACAGAAUUACAGAGUCCGAACCCGUCCUACUCGGCUGCGCCCCAGGGUUAUAUUAGGAUAACAUGGUUGAUAUGUCAUUAUCGACAAGUCAUAGUAGUCAUGACAAUCAAGGGAGUGAUGCGAAGACUGCUUUGCACCUGAGCGAUCCGAUGAGAGAAACAAAAUCGUCUUUUGGUUUCUUUUCUGAUUCUGACAUAUUGGUGUGGUUAAAAGGCCUUGCAAUUGACUCUGGAUAUUGUAAAGCAUCCCCAGGUUCAGCUCAACAGUUAUGGAAUCAGAGUCUUGAACUACGGAAACAUUUGCUUCUUGCUAAUGACGUUUCUCCUCGGAGUAAGCGAAAACUUGAUCAGUUCCUAAGAGGUGGUAGAUUCGCAGGCGCUUCAGAAUUGGAAACGAAGAAAUCCAAUGAUCAUGUAAAGAGAAUUUGUAGAGGGCAUUCUGUCUCAUGCUCAACCAAUACAGAUGGCAAUAAUGAAAUUUUCAGACCACAGAUUCUAUGCAGUUCACUCAUGUCUGGAAAUUCGUUGACAAAUGAGGAUGAUUAUCGAGUGAAGCAAUGUUGUCCCGAUUUGACCAUUCUGGAUGAUAUGGAAAAAUACGGUGCUCCCUACAAGGAUAAUUCUGCUUCUCCCCUCAUUGAUGCAGAUGAAUCAGUCCAUGGUUCGAGUACAUUAAGUCUGGAAAAAUCCAACUUCUGUGAUGCAACCACUUUGAAGGUUAAUGAUUCAGUUGACAGUUCAGAUUCUUUCAGUUUAGAUGAGUAUGAUUCAGAACUUGAAAGGGCAUUGAGGUUAUUGGUUUCCAGUGAUGAUGAUUUUCGAAGAUCUGUUACUUCCACUCACCCUAAAAUGAAGUCAGAGGAGAGAAAUCAUAAGGCUUGUGAAAUAUUGAGAUGUUUAUUUUCCGAUGGCAAGUAUUUUCGAAGGUCUGUUCCCAUUGGCCGUGAUUUUCAGGCUGAUGUUCCAAAGUGGAUAGGACCAGUCAAUAGGAAUAAGCUUUACAGUGAGGAUGGUGAUUCAGAAGUGUCAAGGUGGUUGGGCACGCUUAUCUGGCCAAUCAAAGGGAGGAAAUGUGGAGGAGCUACCAUAAAAGCAAUUGGGAAAGGGAGACCUGAGUCUUGUUCUUGUGUCUCUCCAGGAUCUGUUGAUUGUGUCAAACACCACAUUCAUGAAGCACGACUUUGCUUGCAGUCCGAGAUUGGUCCUGCCUUCUGCAGUUGGAAGUUUGACGAAAUGGGAGAAUUUGCCUCAAAGUCAUGGACUUUAAAAGAACAGAGAACCUUUGAAUCUCUUGUUAGAAAAAAUCCACUAUCAAACGAAGCAAGCUUUUGGAAGCUUGCGUUUAAGCGUUUCCCUGAUAAGCGCAAGAAAAGCAUCGUGAGUUAUUACUAUAAUGUGUUCAUCCCUAGACGUAUGAGCCUUGAGACUAGAUCUUCCCUUGAUGAAAUUGACAGCGAUGAUGACUCGAUAGAGGUAUAGCAGAGAGGCUAUAAUGUAGAGUUAGAGUGAUAAGACAUAUUCUGAAGACAUGAAACUUUCGAUUUUUGAGCGGUUUGGGGUUGAGACUCGUGAAAAUCUAGCUCGACUGCAUUUUUGAAGACUGAUGUUGCCAGACCAGUGGUAAUUUUGGCCUUUGGGUUUAAGAAACACACAAAAAUCCAACUCAUUUUUUAUACUUAAUUACUUGUGAUUUGCUUCUUACGAA